CACCUUUAGUCGUAUUGUAGACCCCGCGUUGGAAGUAUCGUGCUCAUAGAAUCGUGCUGAUGUAACCUAACCGUUGAGAGGCAUUCUGACAAAAGGAUAGCCAGCUAAUAUUGCAAUGAUGACAAAUAACAUCAAUUGGCUAUCUAGGUUGUAAAGUUCAUUCUAGUAAAUGAACUACCUGCAGUGGGGCAACAGAUUAAUGGUAGAUUUGCUUAGCAAGUGGUAUAUCACCACGAGUGUGGAAGAAAUGCUGCCGACGGUAUCAAAGGAUUCCGAGAUUAAGGACGGAGAAAACAAGAACCUAAUUAAGAUUGUAGAACGGCCGACAUUUAUAUUAAAGACCAGAGAAGGGGAAAAUAGAGCUGUUUCUCCAAGCCAGCGUAACGGCCACAAAAAAGAUGUCGAUAUAUCUUCAACUACACCGGCAAAAGUACAAGAUCCAAUCCGUAUGCUUUCUAUAUGUCCUGAAAUGUGUACAUGUAUCAAGUUUAUGGAUGAAAGUAUGCAACUGUGUGAAAAUUCAAUAGAUUUUCUACAUGACCAGCAAGACUUUCUAGUUGUUGGAUGUCUAGGUGCACAAGGUGUUGGUAAAUCGACGAUUAUGUCACUGCUAACGUCACGUUACUCGUCCAAUAUUUUUCGAGCUCAAGAUUUAUCACAUUAUGAAAGCAGCACUAAUUGUACCACCGGAAUAGAUCUCUUUGUAACGAAAAACAGAGUAAUAUAUUUGGAUACACAGCCAAUUCUUUCUGGAUUUACAAUCGAUUCUGCAACCUUUGACCAGAAGAAAGGCGCACCUGAUUUUGUGAACAGUGAUUCCAAUUUAGAGUUACAAUCGCUUCAGUUUGCAGCAUUUCUUUUUUCAGUAUGCCACGUUAUUAUAUUUGUACAAGAUUGGUUUGUCGAUCCAAAUUUAGUGAGAUUUUUACAAACUGCAGAAAUGUUGAAACCAUCCUCAACGACUAUCAUAGAUCAAGAUUACGUAGAAUAUUAUCCACAUGUUAUAUUUUUGCAUAACAAGGCGGAAUUGCAAGAUUUUAUGCCUGCUACUAUUGAUAAAAUUAAGGACUUUUAUAAUAAAGUAUUUUCUAGUUCUCGACUGCAAACUCACAGCGGUAUAGAUAUGAGUCAUUGUUCGACAGAAAGUAGUUUAAAUUUAUUUUUGAUACCUUCGAGAGCUAAAGGAGAAGACAAAAUCUUUUGCGAAAACGAGGAAUCUCUUAUAAACAAAUUACGAACAAAGAUACAUGGAGUUCCUAGGAAUUCAAUUACACCUUCUGUAUUAACAGAGAAAAAUUGGUAUCAGUACGUUUCAAAAGUAAUAGAGGUAAUAAAGAAAAGCCAUCUAUCUUCUGAAUAUGGAAGACUAAUGCCUUAAGUCUACAAAUUUAUGUGGAAGAAGGAUAUGAAAGAUUAUAUGGAAGAAGGAUGAAAAAAAUGGAGAAGACAGCAGAUGAAUGAAUUCUGUACAGCAGUUCAAGAUGAGCUCCCUGGACUCGUUUGCAACUCGUACAUGAGGCAG